AGUAGGGCCAGUCCGAGUCUGAUCGCUUGCUCAGAGUGCGGAGAACAGCAACCUGUACCGCUGCUGCCGCUACUUAAACCACACACUGCUGCACCUCAAAGUUCAUUCUAUGUUGAACUGAGUUUCUACUCACCCUGUGAUCUGCCGUAUUUAAAUGAGAAGUGGAAGUAAACAUUUGACAAAAAAGAUUUCAUUGUACUGUUAUCAGAAUUGCGUUUGAGAAAAAAACAUCCCGAAUUCUAGUCUUCGGGAAUUCAAAUCACAACACUGUCUACUUUCCAAUUCUUUAACCGCCACCUUGCUGAAGCCAUGCCCUGUGUUCAAGCUCAGUAUGGGUCAUCGCCACAAGGAGCCAGUCCUGCCUCUCAGAGCUACAGCUACCACAGUGGGGAAUACAGCUCUGACUUCUUAACGCCAGAGUUUGUCAAAUUCAGCAUGGAUCUCACCAACACUGAAAUCACUGCAACCACAUCGCUACCAAGCUUCAGCACCUUCAUGGAGAAUUACAGCACCAGUUACGACGUGAAACCCCCUUGCUUGUACCAGAUGCCACUGUCCAACCAGCAGUCCGCCAUCAAGGUUGAAGAUAUCCAGAUGCAUGGCUAUCAUCAACAGAAUCACCUGCAGCAUCCACCAGAGGAGAUGAUGCAUUCUGGUUCCAUGUAUUACAAGCCAUCUCCACCCCCUACCCCAACAACGCCAGGUUUCCAAGUCCAGCACAGCCCAUUGUGGGAUGACCCCAGUUCUCUUCACAGCUUUUCCCAAAACUAUGUAGCCACCACUCAUAUGAUAGAUCAGCGAAAAACCCCUGUCUCAAGACUAUCCCUUUUCUCUUUCAAGCAGUCGCCCCCCAGUACCCCAGUAUCCAGCUGUCAAAUGAGAUUUGAUAAUCCUCUGCAUAUCUCCAUGAACCCUGAGACGGGAGGUAGUCAUCACGUAGUGGACAGUCAGAACUUCGCUGUUCCAAAUCCUAUCAGAAAACAGGCAUCCGUGGGAUUCCCUGGUCUCCAAAUUGGUCACGGGUCUCAACUGAUGGACAGCCAGGUACCAUCACCUCCAUCUCGAAACUCUCCAUCAAAUGAAGGCCUUUGCGCAGUUUGCGGGGAUAACGCUGCCUGCCAGCACUAUGGGGUCCGCACGUGCGAGGGCUGCAAAGGCUUUUUCAAGCGUACGGUGCAGAAAAACGCUAAGUACGUCUGUUUGGCGAAUAAGAACUGUCCAGUUGAUAAACGCCGCCGGAACAGGUGUCAGUAUUGUCGCUUUCAGAAGUGCCUUGUCGUUGGCAUGGUGAAGGAAGUUGUUCGCACAGAUAGCCUGAAGGGUCGCAGGGGACGUCUCCCAUCCAAGCCCAAGAGCCCCCAGGAGCCGUCUCCCCCUUCUCCUCCAGUCAGCCUCAUCACAGCCCUGGUCAGAGCGCACGUCGACUCCAACCCUGCCAUGUCCAACCUCGAUUACUCCAGGUUCCAGUCCAAUCCCGAGUACCAGCUGAGCGGCGGCGAUACAGAACACAUCCAGCAGUUUUAUGACCUUCUGACAGGAUCUAUGGAAAUCAUCCGCGGGUGGGCAGAAAAGAUCCCAGGCUAUGCUGACCUUCCAAAAGAGGACCAGGAGCUGCUCUUUGAGUCGGCUUUUCUGGAGCUGUUCGUCCUGAGGCUGGCCUACCGGUCUAACCCGGUUGACGGCAAGCUAAUAUUUUGCAAUGGAGUGGUACUGCACAGGCUGCAGUGCGUCCGUGGCUUUGGGGAGUGGAUAGAUUCAAUCAUUGAAUUCUCCUCCAAUCUCCACAGUAUGAACAUUGAGAUUUCGGCCUUCUCCUGCAUUGCUGCACUAGCCAUGAUAACAGAGCGACACGGGCUGAAGGAACCCAAGAAAGUGGAAGAACUUCAAAAUAAAAUUGUAAACUGCCUCAAAGACCAUGUGACUUUCAACGGCGGAAACUUAAAUCGCCCAAACUAUUUGUCCAGACUUUUGGGGAAAUUGCCCGAACUCCGCACGCUCUGCACACAAGGUCUUCAGCGCAUCUUCUACCUAAAGCUCGAAGACCUGGUCCCACCCCCAACAAUAAUUGAUAAGCUCUUCCUAGACACACUACCCUUUUGAAAGCAAACCUAAGCACUUGAACUGAAAAGAAAUCUAAUAAUAAAGGAUGUUAGAAUUGCUACAGAAAUCCAGCAGAGACAGUUCUGCAGUGAAACGGAACUUCGGUGCCAAACAUAUUUGCAAAAAGCCUGAGAACUUUUUGCGCUUGUUAGAACUUUGUAUUCACAGUCGUUUACUGACCAGGAUUCACAGCAAAUAAACUGCAAAACGUGGUAUAUACAGUUUUUAAUUCAAUUUUAUUUUAUUUUUUAUUGAUGAGAUGAAGCUUCCCCAAUUGGGAAUACAUGCAUUCCUGUCAAGCUGUGUUCAACUUUUGAUAGAACUCGUAUUGGAAGUGUAAACAGUGGAUUCUAAACUCCGUUCUCGGCAAAGCUACUGCCGUGGUAUAUAUAAUAAAGAAUUGGCUUAUAUACAUACUGCAAUGAUAAGAUGAUAUGAUGCAUUCAUAACAGCAAUGAAAGCUGAAAAUAAUUGUAAAUUAACAAAUUAAGUUUUGCUCUGGUUAUUUUUCUGGUUGAUUUCAAAUGUACGAGUGGAGAAAAAAAGAUGGAGAUCUACUAGUGGUUAGUGCAUUAUAAAGGCCAAGCAUGUGAAUGCUGUUGCGGGACUAAUCUUCAUAUUUGUAUGUUGGAAAUAUUAUAGGCACUUGGUAUCUUCUCGAUGGAUUAUGUCUACAGUAUGAAAACCUAAGAAAUAGUAUUCCAGACACUAUGUAGUCUGUUAGUUUUUUUUAAGACGGAUGUAGUGUUUGAUAUCUUGUUAGCAGAUGUACAAUUCUAGCAUUUGGCUACAAGUGUAAACCAACUGGCAUCUUACAAGGAUACAUUGUGUUUGUAAAUACCGUUCAGCAUUCAUUGUUUGUAAGUGUUGUAUGUACUGUUGAUGUUGAUAAAAAUUUAUAUCUUUAUUAUUUUUGUCGUCUAACAUGAAUUUGCAUGCUACUGCUUUCGACGGUUUUCAGAGUGCUUUUAGAGAUAACCUCCUGCAACUUACUGAGCACUUUGUCUUACUUUCCAAACGUCUGCAGAAAGGUAACAGUUGUCAUUUCAUGUUUCAGUGGGAUUUUUAAAAGAAAGUAUUUACAUACAUGUAGGUUUUACUUUGUAUAUUAAAAUAUAUAUAUGUAUGCGUUACGUAUACAUUUUGACCUACAAG